AUGCCUUUCACCCUUAGUUCCUCCUUUUUCCCCAACAAGACCUCAUCCUAUUGGCUCAUCCGCUCACAUCCAUGUAUUGCCGGUUCUGAUUGGCUGACGCGCCCAUCAAUCUCUGCGUCGCUACGCAACACCACCAUGGCGGCGGAGACGAAGAACUCCGCGAUGAUGGAGGAGGCCAACCACGAGGCUGCGGCGGUCAUGGCGCUGUCAGAACUCACGGCGCUGCUCUCCCCGUCCUCCCCCGCUGCUCCCGCAGCAGCCGAAGCCGCUCUGUCCCUGUCCGGCAGCCCCUCAGGCCGGGCACUGCUGGCCGCACACCCCGAGGCCUUAUCGGCCUUGGCCGCCAUGGCCGCCUCGGCCUCGAGCGGCGCCCACAGCGCCUUGGCCGCGCUGGUCAACGCCUCGUCCGAGCCCUCCGCUCUGGAACCGCUUCUCUCCGCUAUCCCUUCCCUUCUUCACCUCCUGCCGAGCUCCGGAGCCGCUUGCGGCGUCUUGGCCAACCUAAGCCGGGAUCCCGGUGCGGCAGCGCGGGUUGUGGAGGCGCUGGGCCCCGGAACGGAUCCGCUGCUGAGGGCGCUGAGCUCGGCCCGGCCCCCGGCGGAGCUCGGAGCUCUGCUCUGUAACCUCAGCCAAGCUCCCGAGGGCCGCCGAGCGCUGCUGGAGCGCUCCGGCGGGGUGGUGAGGAGGAUGCUGGCGCUGGUGAGGUGGAAGGAGUCGGCGGAGCUGAGGAGAGGAGUGGUGGGAGCGCUGAGGAAUUGCUGCUUCGACCACAGAGAGCACGAGUGGCUGCUGGGUCCCGAGGUGGAGGCGAUGCCGACGCUGCUGCUGCCCCUGGUCGGACACCGGCACCACGAACAAGAAGUUCCCGUGGAUCUCCAGUUCCUCCCCCCGGAGCACCAGAGGGAAGAGGAGCCCGAAAUCCGAAAAAUGCUGCUGGAAACGCUGCUGCUGCUGACGGCCACGGAGGGCGGGCGGUCGCGGGCGCGGUCGCGGGGAACGUCGGAGGCGCUGCGGGAUCUGCACGGCCGGGAACGGGACGCGCGCGUCGCCGACGCCUGCCGCAAGGUGAUCCAGGUGCUGAUCGGGGACGAGCCCGAGGCUGGCAUGGAGAACCUGCUGGAGGUGACAAUUCCCGAGGAGGUGGAGCAGCGCCUGAGGGACCUGGACAGGGAGCAGGAGCGGGAAUGGGAGCGGGAGGGGACGGAGACGGGACAGUGACACCGGGAUGGCACCAAAAUGGCGCCGGGAGGACUUGAGGGGACAGCGGGAUGUCCCCAAGGAGCCAUCGGGGUGACAAUGAGAUGUCCCCAAAAAGCCACCAUGGUGACAAUGAGAUGUCCCCAAUGGUCGCCAUGGUGACACUGGGAUGUCCCCAAGGAGCCAUCUUGGUGACAACGGGAUGGCACCAAUGGUCACCGUGGUGGUGACACCGGGAUGUCCCCAAGGAUCCACCACAGCGACAAUGGGAUGUCCCCAAAAAAAAACCACCAUGGAAACUACGGAGUGUCCCUAAGGAGCCAUCUUGGUGACACUGGGAUGGCACCAAUGGUCACCGUGGUGGUGACACCGGGAUGUCCCCAAGGAGCCAUCUUGGUGACACUGGGAUGUUCCCAAAAAGCCACCACGGUGACAAUGAGAUGUCCCCAAUGGUCGCCAUGGUGACACCGGGAUGUCCCCAAGGAGCCACCACAGCGACAAUGGGAUGUCCCCAAAAAAAAAACCACCAUGGAAACUACGGAGUGUCCCUAAGGAGCCAUCUUGGUGACACUGGGAUGUUCCCAGAAAGCCACCACGGUGACAAUGAGAUGUCCCCAAUGGUCGCCAUGGUGACACUGGGAUGUCCCCAAGGAGCCAUCUUGGCGACACUGGGAUGGCACCAAUGGUCGCCAUGGUGACGCCGGGAUGUCCCCAAAAAGCCACCACGGUGACAAUGAGAUGUCCCCAA